GAGGCACAGCGGGCGCGCGGGCCGGCCCCGGGGCCUCCAUGAUGGAGGAGCGAGCGGCCGCAGCGGUCGCCGCCGCCGCCUCCUCCUGCCGUCCGCUCGGCUCAGGCGCGGGCCCUGGCCCCACUGGGGCGGCCCCGGUCUCCGCCCCUGCCCCCGGGCCGGGCCCGGCAGGUAAGGGAGGCGGCGGCGGAGGCAGCCCCGGGCCCACGGCGGGCCCGGAGCCCCUGAGCCUGCCGGGGAUCCUGCACUUUAUCCAGCACGAGUGGGCGCGCUUCGAAGCCGAGAAAGCCCGCUGGGAGGCCGAGCGCGCCGAGUUACAGGCUCAGGUGGCCUUCCUUCAGGGAGAGAGGAAAGGGCAGGAGAAUCUAAAGACGGACCUGGUGCGGCGGAUCAAGAUGCUAGAGUAUGCGCUGAAGCAGGAAAGGGCCAAAUAUCAUAAACUGAAGUUUGGGACAGACCUGAACCAGGGGGAGAAGAAAGCAGAUGUGUCAGAACAAGUCUCCAAUGGCCCCGUGGAAUCGGUCACCCUGGAGAACAGCCCGUUGGUGUGGAAGGAGGGGCGGCAGCUUCUCCGACAAUACCUUGUGAAGAUUUAUGAAGCGUGGCUUUUUAUUUCCCAAGGGUACCUGGAAGAGGUGGGCUACACAGACACCAUCCUCGACAUGCGGUCCAAGCGCGUCCGUUCCCUGCUGGGCCGCUCGCUGGAGCUCAACGGGGCAGUGGAGCCGAGUGAAGGGGCCCCCAGGGCUCCACCAGGCCCUGCGGGGCUCAGUGGCGGGGAGUCGCUGCUGGUGAAACAGAUCGAGGAGCAGAUAAAGAGGAACGCGGCAGGCAAAGAUGGCAAAGAGCGCUUGGGCGGCUCAGUGCUGGGGCAGAUCCCCUUCCUGCAGAACUGCGAGGACGAAGACAGCGACGAGGACGAUGAGCUGGACAGCGUGCAGCACAAGAAGCAGCGUGUGAAGCUCCCAUCCAAGGCUCUGGUGCCUGAAAUGGAAGACGAGGAUGAGGAAGACGACUCUGAGGAUGCUAUCAAUGAGUUUGAUUUCCUGGGCUCAGGAGAGGAUGGGGAAGGGGCUCCAGACCCUCGGCGGUGCACUGUGGAUGGGAGCCCCCAUGAGCUGGAAAGCCGUCGGGUCAAACUCCAAGGCAUUCUGGCUGACCUGCGGGAUGUGGAUGGGCUGCCCCCAAAAGUGACUGGCCCGCCUCCUGGCACACCCCAGCCCCGGCCACAUGAAGGUUCCUUUGGCUUCUCCUCAGACGUCUUCAUCAUGGACACUAUCGGGGGCGGGGAGGUGAGCCUGGGGGACUUGGCAGAUCUCACCGUCACCAAUGACAACGACCUCAGCUGCGAUCUGUCUGACAGCAAAGAUGCUUUUAAGAAGACGUGGAACCCCAAGUUCACCCUGCGCUCGCACUACGACGGCAUUCGUUCCCUGGCCUUCCACCACAGCCAGUCGGCUCUGCUCACCGCCUCCGAGGAUGGCACGCUCAAGCUCUGGAACCUGCAGAAGGCGGUCACGGCCAAGAAGAAUGCGGCGCUAGAUGUGGAACCUAUACAUGCUUUCCGGGCUCACAGGGGCCCAGUGUUGGCUGUGGCUAUGGGCAGCAACAGUGAAUACUGCUACAGUGGCGGGGCGGAUGCCUGCAUCCAUAGUUGGAAGAUUCCAGACCUCAGCAUGGAUCCCUAUGAUGGCUACGACCCAAGCGUGCUGAGCCACGUCCUGGAGGGCCACGGGGACGCCGUGUGGGGCCUGGCCUUCAGUCCCACCUCCCAGCGCCUGGCCUCCUGCUCUGCUGAUGGCACCGUCCGCAUCUGGGACCCCAGCAGCAGCAGCCCGGCCUGCCUCUGCACCUUCCCCACAGCCAGCGAGCACGGGAUCCCCACCUCAGUGGCCUUCACCAGCACCGAGCCUGCCCACAUCGUGGCCUCCUUCCGCUCUGGCGACACCGUCUUGUAUGACAUGGAGGUUGGCAGUGCCCUCCUCACGCUGGAGUCCCGGGGCAGCAGCGGUCCAACCCAGAUCAACCAAGUGGUGAGUCAUCCAAACCAGCCUCUCACCAUCACCGCCCAUGACGACAGGGGCAUCCGCUUCCUGGACAAUCGGACAGGUAAGCCGGUGCACUCCAUGGUUGCACACCUGGACGCAGUCACCUGCCUAGCCGUGGACCCCAACGGCGCAUUCCUGAUGUCAGGAAGCCAUGACUGCUCCCUGCGUCUCUGGAGCCUGGACAACAAAACGUGCGUGCAGGAGAUCACGGCCCACCGCAAGAAGCACGAGGAGGCCAUCCACGCUGUCGCCUGCCACCCCAGCAAGGCCCUUAUUGCCAGUGCUGGCGCUGAUGCCCUGGCCAAGGUCUUCGUAUGAUGCCCACCUGGCCCUGCCCUGGCCGCCACGCUGGCUGGGGUGUAGGGCCGGGCAGGUGGGGCUGAGGGGACUCCCAGCCUCACUGGAGGUGCAGAGGCCUGGCCUCUGUCUGUUUGCCGUGGAGCCUGGUGGUGCUAACGGCCCUUUCCCCAGGAAUCCCUCCCCUACGGCUGCCUUCCCCAAGCAUCCAGCCUGGGGAUGGGCCCCUUUCAGGAAUCACCCCCGAGGAUGGCCUCGGGGUUUCCCCCUGUGCCCUGACAGCCGCUCCUGGUAUCAGAGCUGCCUUCCAGAGGGCAGCACAGCCAGGGCCGGGUGUCUUUAGGGAUCAGUUUUUCCAAGACUCCAGAAGGUGCCAGGUUCUCCCCUUGAGCUCCUGCUCCCCCAUCCCCCAUCCUCCCAGACCUGGGCAGGAGCUGUGCUGGGAGAAAGGGUGGCAGCCGGGAGCCUCAGAGCUGAGCCCCGGCCUGGCUGCCCCUCCCCUCCGGCCCUCUCCACUGCUUUCCAGACACUAACCAAGGCCUCCAGGCCAGGGAUUGCCCAACACUCCUAGGGCAGCCCUCCCAGCGCCCCAUGGGGUCGCCCAUGGGUAGAGACGGCUUUCUUGUGCCCCUCCCUGGGGCAUGGAGGGUGGAGUGGGCCUCGGGUCCCCCUGAACUCCCUGUAUAUCUGUAUAAAUAACAGGAUUUUCAUGGCGCCGCCCCACCCGCAUUAUCACUGUGUGAUGGUCUCAGUCAGUCUCCUCCCUGUCUCCACUCUUUCCCUCUAUUUAUUUCACUCUCUCGUUUGGUUCUACCCUGCACCCUCGGUCCCCUUCCAGGUUCCUGUUUAUAAGCCCCAACCCCUCUGCCCCCAUCUUGUAUGUGAAAACUUGUCUCAAUAAACCCUUUGGAGUAA